GCCACAUAGGCUCCCUCUUCCGUGGCAUCACCAACGAUAUAAAUAAACUUGGUUUUUGUCCCAAACUUUAAAAUUCUCACAACCUUCUCUUCUCCUCCCCAUUAAUUUGUCUCUAAACUGGAUUUGCUUAGCCAUGGCGGUCUCUGGCUUAUUUGUUAGACCAAACCCAUACCUCUCUCCAUGCCUCAAGACUCCAAAUCCAAGGCUAAAUCAUAGUUGCAGAAAACAGCUGUGUUUGAAGGCUUCUGCUGGUAACGCAGACGGCGAGGAGGACCGAAAGCUGAUCAGAAAAGGAAAAGACGGAUGGAAUAUCGAUUACUCCGGUGAAAAACCAGGCACGCCAUUGCUGGACACAAUCAAUUACCCAGCUCACAUGAAGAAUCUAUCCACAGAGGAUCUCGAACAACUAGCAGCAGAGCUCAGAGUAGAUAUUGUUUACAGUGUUUCACAGUCGGGAGGACAUCUGAGCUCAAGCUUAGGUGUGGUGGAGCUGGCAGUGGCACUGCAUCAUGUGUUCAACACCCCUGACGACAAGAUCAUAUGGGAUGUUGGUCAUCAGGCAUAUCCUCAUAAAAUUCUGACAGGAAGGAGAUCCAAGAUGCACACAAUCAGGAAAACUUCAGGCCUUGCAGGUUUUCCUAAAAGGGAUGAGAGUGUUUACGAUGCUUUCGGUGCAGGGCAUAGUUCUACAAGCAUAUCUGCUGGUUUAGGCAUGGCAGUCGCAAGAGACCUACUUGGGAAGAAUAACAAUAUCAUUUCAGUGAUUGGCGAUGGAGCCAUGACUGCAGGGCAAGCAUAUGAAGCCAUGAACAAUGCAGGAUUCCUUGAUUCGAACCUGAUCGUUAUACUGAAUGACAAUAAGCAGGUCUCUUUACCGACCGCCACACUUGAUGGCCCUGCAAUGCCAGUUGGAGCCCUCAGCGGUGCUCUAACCAAGCUCCAAUCAAGCACCCAGUUUCGCAAGCUUCGUGAGGCUGCAAAGAGCAUCACGAAGCAAAUUGGAGGCCAAACGCAUCAGGUUGCAGCAAAAGUAGAUGAGUAUGCAAGGGGGAUGAUCAGUGCUUCUGGGUCCACUCUCUUUGAGGAGCUUGGGUUAUAUUAUAUUGGUCCAGUGGAUGGGCACAAUGUUUCAGACUUAGUUACCAUAUUCCAGAGAGUGAAAGCCAUGCCUGCCCCAGGUCCUGUUUUAAUCCACAUCAUGACAGAGAAAGGAAAAGGCUAUCCCCCAGCCGAGGCUGCAGCUGACAAAAUGCAUGGUGUUGUCAAAUUUGACCCCAGAACAGGCCAGCAAUUUAAGACCAAAUCCUCUACACUUUCAUAUACUCAGUACUUUGCUGAAUCUUUAAUAAAGGAAGCAGAAAUAGAUGACAAAGUUGUAGCCAUCCACGCAGCAAUGGGUGGUGGCACUGGUCUCAAUUAUUUCCAGAAGAGGUUUCCAGAUCGUUGCUUCGAUGUGGGGAUUGCUGAGCAACAUGCUGUUACAUUUGCAGCUGGAUUAGCUGCAGAAGGUCUCAAGCCAUUCUGUGCUAUCUACUCAUCAUUCCUGCAACGAGGAUAUGAUCAGGUGGUUCAUGAUGUAGAUCUUCAAAAACUACCAGUCCGCUUUGCAAUGGAUCGAGCUGGCUUGGUUGGUGCAGAUGGGCCCACCCACUGCGGAGCAUUUGAUAUCACGUACAUGGCUUGCUUGCCCAACAUGGUGGUUAUGGCUCCAUCUGAUGAAGCUGAACUGAUGCACAUGGUCGCCACAGCAGCAGCCAUAGAUGACAGACCUAGCUGCUUCAGGUUUCCAAGAGGCAAUGGUAUUGGAUCACUUCUUCCUGCUAAUAACAAAGGAACCCCACUUGAGAUUGGUAAAGGAAGAAUACUGAUGGAAGGCAGCAGAGUUGCAAUUUUGGGGUAUGGUUCUAUAGUUCAACAAUGUGUCGAAGCUGCAAGCAUGCUGAAAACCAGGGACAUAUUGGUGACAGUAGCCGAUGCAAGAUUUUGCAAGCCUCUGGAUACAGAUCUAAUCAAGCAAUUGGCCAAGGAGCAUGAAAUCCUUAUUACAGUUGAAGAAGGUUCAAUUGGAGGUUUUGGGUCUCAUGUAUCCCACUUCCUAAGUUUAAGUGGUAUUCUAGAUGGACCACUCAAGUUGAGAGCAAUGGUACUUCCUGAUAGAUACAUUGAUCAUGGAGCACCCCAGGAUCAGCUUGAAGAAGCAGGACUCUCAUCGAGGCAUAUCUCAGCCACAGUAUUAUCUCUCUUGGGGAGGCCAAAAGAAGCUCUUCGGUUCAAGUGAGUGCACAAGUGGACACAAUUUUGUUGCCAUCGUAGCUGUUUAUAUCAUUUGGCAAUCUGAGUUUGGAAAAGCAAAUGUCAAAACCCAACUACAGAGAACUUAUUUGGGGUGCUCAUGUAUCAUAUCUCAAGAUCUCUAUGUAUAAAGCAUCGCUCAUUUACGCAUCCGAUGUAUUACAAUGAAGGAGGCAUAGCAGGAAACAAAGUGAACAGAAGAAAAUUUUCUUGUAUCGAACGCUCUCUCAUGUACCCUACUUGAUUAUCAAUGGGUUUCUUUAAUUCGACCAUUUAAUGACAUUUGGUGUUUUCAACCUAUAA